UGGCGUAGAGACCUCGAAAUAUUUCAUUCUGAAGCAAGUAUUAUGCUUCAAUCGACUGCCAUCUUCUAUCCCGGGAUAUAAUAACAUUGCUAAGGAUUGUUAAUUUGGAGAAUAAAUUUCAUCAAUUUAAGACUACGGGACCUGAAAAUCAUAAUGGAGUCUCGCACGCUUGCUAUGACAGUGGCAAUUUUCUGUGUUCUCGGAGGGAUGUGCUUUGCCCAACAGACUGAUGAUACAGUCACAGGCACAGCGGAACCGACUGAUACAGGAAACACUGCUACUGAUGCAGGAACCACUUCAACUGAUGCAGGCAACACUGCGGAACCGACUGCUACAGGAAACACUUCUACUGAUGCAGGAACCACUUCAACUGAUGCAGGCAACACUGGUACAGACACUACAUCCACAUCAACGUCAACGAGCAAUGAUCAGACAAGUGGAACGGGGAAUCAAUGUCUGUCUUGUGACGGAGACGCGGACAGUAACUGUAACGAAGAGACACCUACCAGCUCCAUGGCGGGAGUCUCCGCUGUAGGUUCGUGCUCAUCAUGCGGGAUCAGGAAGCUAGAUAGUGGAGAGGGCACGGAUCUGGUCUCAAUCGAACGUGUAUGCAACGAUGAAGCCUGCCCCUCUGAUCUCUCUAUGAAGCUUGAUUUCCGGUGUCUUGAGGGCAGUGAGAACGUGAAUGACACUGCGCGUCAAUGCGAGUGGUGUUGCACUGGUGAUAAAUGUAACGACUAUAAUGAGAACAGUGGCAAUGCUCUAGUGGCGGGAAUAAUCCUCUCAGGGUGGCCGCCGAACACCAAAUUCAUCUAUGUUAUCGUGACUGUCAUCUCUUUGGUGAUGUCUUUCUCAACUAUGAGCAUAAGGGUGUAAUGGUAGGACGGGGUAGGA